AUGUGUCUAGUUUCCCACUAUUUCAUGACAAAAGCUAAAAUGAUCCCCGAUGACUUGGUUUGCACCUCCCUUCCACAGCAGUGGCAUAGGCCUAGAGGGAAAAAUAUAUCAUCGGAGCCUUUGAUGGAAAUAAUUUUCAAAAAACCUAAGUUAGGCACGACAUGUACAGGUGAGACUACCUCAGUUUCUGUAUCCCCUGGUUUUACUUGUUCACUGUAUCCUGCAAUCAAGGCAGCCCCAACUAAUGCAGAGAUUGAGAGCUUUAAGGAUGAUUUAAAGAAGGUCAACAAGAACUUUGGCCUCAGUUUGUACAUGAAUGCUGGAAGUGAGAAGGUACCUACCAGGGCAGGUCUUGCACCCUUGGGAGGGUAUCUCAGUUAUCAAAUGGCACCCACUGAAGGGAACUUUAAAGUGACGUGUAAUGUAGACUUAUCUAAGCAACCGGCUAGCAGUGAAGAUGUCCCUAGAACAAUUUACCCUUCUUUCCCGUUAUCUUUGGUUUCCCCCUUGUUCAUCGUCACUCAGUGCUCUUCAGAACAUAAUCAAUUUUAUGACUCACUAAGAAUCAAUGAAGAGAAUACUGCAGAUCUUGAAAGGGCGACACAAUCACAACGAAACAGUAGCCGCUGGUGGACUGAAAGGAAACCAAGAUUGACAGCGUCGACAUUUGGAGAAAGUUUAAGUCGAAAAUCGAUUCCCAGCCCGUUUCUGAAAGGCCUUGUUAGCGAUCAAAAUGCGCCUGUCGACUCAAGAAAUGUACCAGCUCCCCUAAAGCAUGGCAUUGAAAAUGAAAGCAGGGCCCUGAAACAGUAUGAGAACUACCUUGUAAACAGUGGACAUCCCGUAAAGACCUUUCCAUCAGGCUUUGUUGUAAACCCUGCCUUCCCCUUCCUCGGUUGCUCACCUGAUGGGAAGGUUAUUGACGUAACAGAGAAUCGCCCAUACGGGAUCGUUGAAAUUAAAUGUCCGUACAAACACAGGAAUGUCACUCCUGAGACAGCAUGUGCCGGUGACAGUCAAUUUCAUCUUGAAAAAAAGGAUGACUUUCCAUCGCUUAAGACGACGCACAAAUAUUAUUAUCAGGUUCAGAGGCAAAUGGGAAUUACAUGGGCUAAGUGGUGUGACUUUGUCACUUAUACAUUCAAGGGGAUGGUCAUUGAACGUAUUUAUUUUGAUCCUGAAUUUUUUGCUUCUAUGCUGUUGAAAUUGGAACAAUUUUUCUUUAAGCACUAUGCUGCAUAUUUCAAGGCACAAGCAGUGCCAGCUGGAGCAUGUGCUGUAACAACAGCGUGCACCGUUUUAACUGCUACUACAACAGCUACAGGCAGUAUAAGCACGUCCUAA